AAACAAGCAAUAACAAUGGACCAAAAGGCGGGAAACCAGCCGAUCUGGCAACCCACCCAAGCACAGCUGCCUGGCUGCUUGCUGAUUGACCACACUUCAGUCGAGCAGCAGCAAACCGAGGCGGCAUAUCACCAUAGACCCGCAACUGAACAAAAAAUGGAUGACUGGGACGAACAGGGGUCGGUGAACGUUGCACCGCCCAGCUACACGCUCGAUCGCGGGCCUGGUGGGCGAGGCAGAGGGAGAGGGAAAGGAUUUCAGAGCUUUUCUUCUGGUACUGAGGAUAAUGGGAACGAAAUUAGCAGUUGGAACAACAACAACAAAGGCGAAAGAGGUGGUUUCAGAGGAAGAGGAGGUAGAGGUGGACGAGGUCGAGGCUUUGCUGGAUCUAAUCAGAGACAAUUCAGUGGUGGAGAUGAUGCAGCACAAGAAAAUGGCUUUAGAGGAGGAAGAAGAGGAGGCUACACUGAAGGUGGCGGCAGAGGUGGCCUUGGAGGAGGAUAUCGUGGAAAGGAUGAGGAAAUCUUCCCCCGAGGGGAUGCUGGUGCUAAAGAUCAAGAAAACCAGGAUGGUAGUGCCCGACCAAAAGUCACCUAUGUCCCUCCAGCGCUUCCUGAAGAUGAGGGCUCAGUGUUUGCACACUAUCAGCAAGGCAUUAAUUUUGAUAAGUACGAUGAUAUCAUGGUAGACGUGAGUGGGAGCAACGCACCGCCUGCCAUAAUGACUUUUGACGAGGCGGCCUUUUGUGAGUCCCUGAGAAAAAAUGUGAGUAAAUCUGGUUAUUCAAAGCCAACCCCGGUUCAGAAACACGGCAUCCCAAUCAUCUCGGCUGGUCGAGACCUUAUGGCCUGUGCCCAGACUGGAUCUGGGAAAACGGCUGCAUUCCUGCUUCCAAUUCUGCAACAGUUAAUGGCCGACGGCGUCGCUGCCAGCAGCUUCAGUGAGCUCCAGGAGCCAGAGGCAAUCAUUGUCGCCCCAACCAGGGAGCUCAUCAACCAGAUUUACCUGGAGGCCAGGAAGUUUGCUUAUGGGACAUGUGUGCGUCCAGUGGUGGUUUAUGGUGGAGUAAACACUGGCUUUCAAUUCAAGGAAAUCUAUAAGGGAUGCAACAUACUGUGUGGAACACCAGGGAGAUUGUUGGACGUGAUCGGAAGGGGAAAGAUCGGCCUCAGCAAGCUGCGCUAUCUGGUCCUGGAUGAGGCUGACAGGAUGUUGGAUAUGGGCUUUGAGCCUGACAUGCGCCGUUUGGUUGGUUCGCCUGGCAUGCCAACCAAAGAGAACCGCCAGACUUUGCUCUUCAGCGCCACCUUCCCUGAAGACAUCCAGAGGUUAGCUGCUGACUUCCUCAAGGUGGACUAUUUGUUCUUGGCUGUCGGCGUGGUUGGCGGAGCCUGUAGUGACGUGGAGCAGACAUUUCUCCAAGUCACCAAGUUCUCAAAGAGGGAGCAACUUCUAGACCUUCUUAAGACGACUGGAAUGGAGCGUACCAUGGUGUUCGUGGGGACAAAGAGGCAAGCUGAUUUCAUUGCCACUUUCUUGUGCCAAGAGAAGGUUCCAACGACCAGUAUUCAUGGCGACCGGGAGCAACGGGAACGAGAGCAGGCCUUGACAGACUUCCGGACCGGCAAGUGUCCUGUCCUCGUCGCAACUUCGGUUGCCGCCCGCGGCCUGGACAUUCCAGAUGUGCAGCAUGUGGUGAACUUUGACCUCCCCAACAACAUCGACGAAUACGUUCACCGAAUCGGCAGAACCGGCCGCUGUGGGAAUAUCGGCAGGGCCGUGUCUUUCUACGAUUCAGAUGCUGACGGUCAGCUCGCCGGCUCUUUGGUCAAAAUCCUGUCCAAGGCCCAACAAGAAGUGCCGUCAUGGCUGGAGGAGUCUGCAUUCAGCGGCUCCGCAACCAGGUUCAACCUGCCCUGCAAGACCUUUGCCUCCUCAGACUCUAGGAAGAGUCAUCAGACAGGAUGCGUGACAAGCCAGCCACCAGCUCAGGUUGCCGUCCAUGAUGACGAUGAUGAUUGGGAGUAAGGAGAGCACCCCCAGCAAGGACUUUAUUCGUGUGGCUUCAACGUUCAGGCGAUGCAGAGCGUUGUCGUUUUAUCACCACCUUUUUGUUUGAAGUGUGGCUGCAAUAGGUUGUCUCUGACCAGACGUUGUUUACGUAUGUGAAGAUGUUAAAAGGCAGAAAUAUUUGUGUUGUAUCGUGUGUUUUCAUCUACUAGAUGUUGCGUUUAUUUUUCUAUAAAGGCUUUAUUCAGCAUUUCACCUGAGAACAGCAAUAUGUGGGGGAAAUGGGAGAAACUAAAAGUGCCUUCUUAUUGUUUUGUUUUCUACUUGGAUGACCAAUAAAUAUGUUCAAAGCAA